AUGGAGGAGCCACCAGGCCCAGAACUUUCACCGGCCUCGCAACCAUGUUUCGACAGCCAGAGGCAACGGCAGCGAGCAUCGCUUCCUCCACGGCCGAAUGGCGCUGCUAGGCAUACAAAGAGGCUCACUCUCAAUUUUCCUAUCAACAUUCCACCGGAGUUGGUAAACGGACCGCGCUCGGGCAACGACUCGCCAGCAUCUAAACAUACACCUCUGGAUUCGCCAUCACCGACCAUGCCGACACCUCAUCGAGCCUCGCCAUCAAUCGCUAUGUUGAAUGAGCCUCCGGAUGAGGGCUAUGGGUUCCUCACGGCCCUCGCUGCCCAGGAACGGAAGGUGUUGGAGCUCAAGGAAGAACUACAGAGGGCAGAACUGGAGCUUACGACUUUGAAGAAACAGUGGGAGCAAAACGAAAAGGGCAGAAAGAUAACCCAGGUUGUCCAUCGUGCGGAGGCGAUGAAGCCGCUGAGACAAGCUGCAAUGGAAGGAAACCAGGCCGAGGAAACAGGAACUAUUCAGUCCCCCGCUGAGAGCGACGCAUCAUUGACAUCCGGUCAGAACAGGCUUAGUCGUGAUUUUGAGAGACGGCACGGCUCGAGGCAUUCUGUGUCACACCUGGCAGGCACAAAUCCACCAUCCAAGGCGAGGACCGUUUUUCAGAGCUCUCGCCAUACACGUACCCUCUCGCUCCUCGCCUCGGCCAGGGAUGAUUUCAGUCCUACAUUCCCGCAACCGAACGAUACAAGGAGCGCACGACCGUCUGGUUACCCUAGAUCUGCAACUCUUCCCUCCGUUGACCGAGAGCCAAACGGCGGCAAACAAAAUAUCCUCAUCCCCGCAAGACAGAAAUCUCUACAGGACAAAGGCUUAUGGCGAAGGUCUCUUCCACCCAUACCCCAGGAUGCAACUACUGAAGCCCUCGUACGGACAGGAAAGCAGAUGGCCACAGAUUUCAAGGACGGGCUGUGGACGUUCCUCGAAGAUAUUCGUCAGGCAACGGUGGGAGACGAAGGUAUCAACGCGACCCAAUCACGGACCUCCCAAAUAUAUCAACGCCCGGACCAAUUCAUAAAUAGGUCAGGAGCAGGCGGGGCAGGUUCCCGAAACCACUCGGCAACACCUUCGAGGAGCGGGCGAUCAACAUCUUCGAGGCCAGCCACUGCUGCCAGGCAAAAUAAACAUGGCACUGCUUCGGAUACCGAUUUUUGGGAAGAGUUUGGUGUCGCUGCUCCAAACAAGGCACAGUCAAGCAAACCUGCAAACCGGAAUCAAAAGAAGUCAAGCACCAAUGGCCUUGGCCUCCAACAAAGUUUAUUGGAUGUAGAUGAUAACUGGGACAUAUGGGAUAGCCCUCAACCGCAGCCAAAGUCUCACACACCGUCCUCAAGCAGUUCUACAUUCCCAUCUAAAAGGGACCAUUCACCAUCGACAAAUGCUAGCAGCCCACGAACGAGUGCAAGCGUGGCGGAUUAUAGGGACAUGGACGUGGAGACUGUUAGCAGUCCCGAACAUCCAGAUGGCAUACCAUGGCCAGUCCUGACCAAAUCCACACCUUCGAAAUUGACUCGCACUGCUUCAACUUUGAUGGCUGAGUGGGAGCGAAGUUUAUCCCCGGCCAGAUCAGACAACGCAAACAAAGGACCAAAAGACGACUAG